AUUUAAUACACAUAACUUGGAACUUUAGUCUUCAGAAAUUAACUAUCUACAUAGUUUGGACUCAUGGUGGAUCCAACAGGAAAUCGAGCAAAAAGCCCGUGUAAAUGCCUCGAACUAACCAUAUGCAGUUGAGAUUGUUGCUGCGCCACUCACUGCUGCCUUCGCUGUCAAAGAAGCUGACCAUUCAUCUUCUCUCAUUCUUCAACAACCUCAACUUCAAUACUUUAUAUCACCAGUUGAUCACCCACUCACUCCCCCCUCCUUCCUUCACCUCUAUCCUUCUACUUUUCUUCCUACUGACAGUCUUAUACCAGUUGACAACUAUCUUACCUAUACACUUUUCUUCAUACCGCAGACUCGAUACAAGAUUGUCAUCAUGGGGAAACCCUCACCACCUAUCGGCUUCAGUAAUGAUGCCAUCUCCCUGCACACUCAACCCGGUGAACACUCACACGCCGUUCCACUUGAUGGGACUUUGGAUACCGAUGCCCCAGAGCUGAACAUUGACGACCUCCCGCCCCUCUACGAUGAAAUCAUUGCCCCGGGAAGCAGUAGUAGUGCUCCUCUUCUCCCCUCUGGCGUGCCGCCCUAUAUCAGCCACCCAAACAAUAUCCUUCCCCCCGGAGACUGGGCGAAGAACUACAAAAGAGACGAGCCCACCGGCACCGAACUCUACCUCGACCCGCGCCUGGACAGUGACCCCAAGUUCCUCCAGAAACACAUCGAACUAUGGGCCAAACAGCCACUCCGGCCCUUCGUCCGCAUCCACGGCACGCACAAGCGCCGCAAGGACAUAACCGACCCUCAAAACGGGCGUCGUAAGAACGACUCGGAAGAAGUUACGGACUUCGACCUUCACGUCGAGCUGACACCCUACCUCUACUCGGACGUUGUCUCACAAACCUCGCUCAUGCAGCUGCGCACCGCCGAAAACGACGAGAAAGUCCGUCGCGGCACCGUCCUCCGCAAGCGCGCGCCGGGGGCUAGUCGCCAUAUCGAGGUCGGCUUAGCCGAGAAGCCGACGCUGGCCGAGUGGUGCCACCGGUACUGCGCCAGCCACGCCGGACUGAAAUGCUUGACGCUGGAGCGGCGCGUGGUCGGGUUCGACGACAAGAAGAUCGUGCAGAAGCUGACGGACCUGGUGCGCGCGACCAACUACCGCGGCAGUCUGGAGAUCAGUUUUCCCAAGAAGGACGAGUACGUGCAUGUGUACAACGAUUGCAAGACCAACAAGUGGCGGACGACGUGGUGGAUUAUUUGGCUGUGCAUGUUCAGCCUCAUGUUCAUCUUUACGUGGCCGUACUUGUUUUUGCGCACCAAGAGGUUCGAGACCGUGUUUGCGGACUGGCACUUUUCGGUCAUGGGCGCGGAUGGGCAAAGGAAGUAUGCCAGUAUCAGCGAGGACCAGUGGUAUAAUAUGUGGGGACGGGCGAUCAAUCGCGCGGUGAUGGAGAAGAGGCAGUGCACACUGGAUCAGCAGGACUUGCUGAACAGCCAGGAGGGCCAGCAGGAGACUUUUGGUCAUCCGGUGGUGGAUGGGGCGGCGAGCUUCGUCAGGGCGGGUGUCAAUGCCAUGAAUGCGGUGAACCGCUCGCUGGGUUGGGGGUAUGAUGACUUUUGAGGUGUCGUAGAUGGGAGAAGUAAUUCGGUGUGCUGGAAUUGUUUCCUAGACCUUCAUUUGCUCUUGCCAUGCUCCAUGACUGAGAAGAACUGGCCAAUAUUAUCUGGUGGCGGCAUCAAAUGUUCAUAACGACAGAAUAACGUAUUUUAUAUCAUACCUACAUCUAGAUUAUCCCACGGUUUUAUCAACGUUAAAUAUUCAU